AUGAUUGAAGAAAAAUAUUAAAUACUCAAUAUUAUUGGGACUGGUGCAGUUGGUAAAGUUUGGGAAAUCUAAGAUGUAUAAACUGGCACUAAAUAUGCAUUGAAAUAAGUAAUUAAAAUAUACUCAUCUUAUUAAAAAUAGUAAAUAUAUAACUUGGAAUUUAAGACAGAAAGAGUUAUUUAUCAGAAGCUAUAAUCGAAGAACGCUGAAGGAUUCCCUUAGUAUAUAGGAUCAAGGGUAACUUAAAAGGAUAAAGCAUACAUUAUACUUGAGAAGAUGGGACCAUCUUUAGCUAGGUAUCUAGAGAGCACUAAAAGAAAAUUAUCAAUGACUUAGAUUUUAUAAAUUGGUAUAUAACUGGUGAAAUAAAUAGAACAACUUCAUGCCGUUGGCUAUAUUCACAGAGAUAUUAAACUAGAUAAUAUACUUCUGAAGAAAAAUACUGAAACUGCACUUUCUGAAUUUCAAAUAAGUCUUGUAGACUUUGGAGCAUGCAGAAAGUAUUUAGAUUCUUAGGGCAACCACAUCUAGAAAGUUCAAGAAAAUUCUUUCCAGGGUAACUUAGCUUUUGCAAGUCUGAAUCAAAUGCUUUGCUAUGGUUUUUUUAGAAAUCUGCUUGCAGAAGUUGGAAAAAUAAAAUUUGAUGAGAACCCAGAUUAUGCUUCUAUCAUUUAAGCAAUGCAAAGAUAACUCUUGGAAAUUUAGCAAUCAAGUGAACUUUAAAAAUGGAGAUAAUCCUCUCCAAAUGCAAAUUGCCAUCUAUCUCCAUCACCUUUCACUGAUAGUCAUAUGCAAUCUAAAAGAUAAGAAGCAAGCACCUAAGAAAAUACACCACGAGGCAAGCAAUAAAAAACAUCAGCAAACUCACUCUUUACUUAAGACUUAAAGGGUAUUGUUGAUGAAAACAUUAAAAUGAUUGACUAUAAAAAGAGUAAGGUGGAGGUUAAAGAUGCUGAAAUUAGCUUCAAAAAUAAAAAGUAAAAAAAUAUGUAGUAAAAUGACUAUUAGAGUCAUGCUAUUCUUGAUUAUGAGUUGAACUUACUUUCAAACUAAAACCUGCUUUUCAUUACAUAAGAAAAGAUUGAUGAAGGAAUUUUCAAUUUCCAAUUAGACUCUAUGUAUGAUAAAAAAGAAAAUAAUCCAUUCAUUAAUGAUCAAACUGGAAUAAAUCUAAAACAAGAACAUUCCAAGCUUCAAUUUUUGAAUAAGAAAAUUUAAGGCUAAACGAAUCAAUAACAUGAUAAUAAAUUAGUUAAUCAGGUUAAUAUCAAAGAAAAUGAUUGUUUUGCUUUUGAAAAUGAUCUUAAAUAGAUCAAUCGAUUAGAAAUGAAUAAUGAUUUUCAGCUUUAAUGCCUUAUUAGGCCACCUUAAUCUCAGCAAAAUGAUUAAAUCAAAAGGCUUAUGAUGAUUGAUUCAACUGAUUUUGAUGACAUGGAGAUCAAUGAGGAGUAUUAAUAAAAGAAUGGUCUGUUAACAGAUACAAAAAUAGAGCUUGUAUAUGAAUUUGAUAAUCAUACUAAUAAUCUCAAAAGUAUAUGUCAUUCAUCUUGA